GAAAAGUUUUGCUCGGACGACCUCCUCUUGCUCCCAUCCCCUUCUCCGACCCUCGCCGCCGCCGCCGCCGCCGCCGCUGCCUCUGCUUCGCAGGCGCGGCCCAGGUAGCCCGAGCUCGACGCCCACCGGCGUCCCCUCCGGCCCCAGCUGCAGCAGCCCGCGGCCCGUCCGCCGCCCCGCCGGGCAGCCUCCACCGGCGUCUCCUCCUGCCCCAGCCGCAGCGGCCCGCGGCACCUUCGCCCUCCUCCUCCGGCGGACCUCCAUCAGCGCCCGCGCACAAGGAACAGGUGCCUGGAUUUUACCAGGCACAAGGAAACUGGGAAAUGAGUAAGCCGGAGAACAUGUUCUCGCUUCUUAAUCUGGAUGCCGAAGAUGAUGGAGGGAACGAUAGCCAAUUGACCCAAACAUCUUCUACCAGCGUACAAGAAACUGCUGCGAGCAAACCUGAUAAAUGUGUGCAAAAUGACACAACAAUAGUAAGCUGUAAUGGAGGAGCUCUUGCAUCAUCAUCUGGUGGUUACAGGAUGCCUUUAGUGUGGAUAGACUUGGAAAUGACUGGUUUGGAUAUUUUGAAAGAUCGGAUAUUGGAGAUAGCUUGCAUUGUAACCGAUGGUAAACUUACAAAACAAAUAGAGGGUCCUAACUUGGUUAUAAGUCAGAGCAAAGCUUGCUUAGAUAAUAUGAAUGAAUGGUGUAAAACCCAUCAUGCAUCUAGUGGAUUGACAGAGAGAGUACUACAGAGUGAGAUUUCUGAGGGUGACGCGGAGAAACAGGUGUUAGACUUCCUCAUGAAGCAUGUAGGUUCAGGCACUCCAUCAAUAGCUGGGAAUUCAGUUUACGUAGAUUUACUAUUUCUAAAGAAGUAUAUGCCACAGCUUGCAGCCAUCUUCUCUCACGUGAUUGUUGAUGUGAGCAGUAUCAUGGCUUUGUGCACCCGGUGGUACCCUAAAGAAAGGAAGCAAACUCCUAGGAAAGGGAAAAGUCACAGGGCGAUGGACGAUAUCAAAGAAAGCAUCGCCGAGCUGAAAUACUACAAGGCCAACAUCUUCAAACCGCAGAAAUCUAAAAAGUAGCCAUUUUCAAAGGCGACAUGGAUGGAGUGUAAUGAACAUGUUGGCUCAAGUUGAGCAUCGAAUGAGUAGCGCAGGAUUGGGAAGGUAGUUUGCCAACUUGUCCUCGCCUCGCUCAUAGCUCCUCCUAUGUUUGAGGCCAUCUAUGACAUAUUCUUUCCUCUCACUCUCACACCUGAAGCUGAAACUUGCAAGUGCGGUUUGAUAUGCAGCACUUGUACUGUAUUAAUGAAUCGUGUCGUCUAAAUUGAAGUAUUGCAGCACUUGUCUUGUAAUUUGAUACAAGUUGGGAGGUAUAUACUGGUUAAUUACUAGUGGGUGUCUAAGUUUGGAGAAGCACCAAAAAUAUGCCAUAGGGACAUUGUGAGCGCAAAUCCUGGGGAAUAUUUGUUUGGGAGCUA